AGUAAUUACGUAAAAGAAGCUUUAGAAAAAGCUCAAGUUUUAAAUUCUGAUCUAAAAACUAAACUAGAUGACUUAAGUUUGCGCAUAUCCUCUGCUCGAUACGAACUUUUUGCUGCCGAUAAUAACACAGACCGCCUUAAGAACGAAGUUGUCAUUCAAGUUAAAAACGCAAACAUUGCUUCUGAACUAGCAAAAAGCUCACCCUCAAUAGAAGAGAGUCAAGUUUCUACUAGUGAAAAAAAUUAUUUCUGGGAUGAGGCAGUUAAGCAUUUGAUGGAGAAACUGCAAAAUAUAUCAAGUAAUUUAGAAGAUUUACGAGCAGUUUUAAAAUCAAUAACCGAUCAACAAGAUUCCCGUCCUUCGGAAGCCUUUACUUUGGUCUUGCAUAAGCAAUAUGACACUUUUUUGGCACUUGCGUCUCGCGUUGCUCUUCUUCAUGAAGAUGUUCGUAGACUCGUUUCACAAUUCGGGAAUUCUUUUGGUUUGGAUCUUUUUGUUAAGAGCGAUGUAAGCACAGCAAAAUGCGUCGAACUAAGAGCGGACGACGAGUUUAUCACAACUUUUGGAAUGUUCGGUGAAUUGCCUGGCUCUGCUCUUACAACAAAUGACGCUGGUGCUUUUGGAAAUCCACUAAAUAAUAGUUCGUGUACGCUUGUGAGUGCUAUAAGUAAUCCCACUCCACUAAAAACAGGAUUUAUAUCUUAGUGCCGUGAUAAGAAAGGGUUGCUUUUGUAGUAUAUAUACAGCUCUUUGUGGUACAGCUUGAGGUCUUCAAGCUUUUCAGUUUAUAGAGUUCUUUAGAUAGAGGCGGAACUCCAAAGUUAACAAGCAAUAUUAAACAAAAGCGAAACUUUUAAGUAUUUGACGCCACGCCCCCUUUUAGAAUUUACAAGGAUUUGUAACCAGUUUUCAGUAGCUUUAAUCGGUUUAUAAUUCACUGCAGGAACCUUUACGUUGCUUGCAUUCAGUGACAUCAGCUAAAAAGGAUCUGACACUUUUUCCUGACGAAUCGGUGUACUAGUUAUUGAUUUCCUGUAUAACAUUUGAACCUGUGCACGGACAGCGCACGCCUACAGCU